GUAAGACUCGCCUGAUACGUUCGCGUCGCGGCGAACUUUCAUGGCAUACCGUCGCGUGGACUUAAAAGGCCUGUAAACGAUUAUUACCAACAUGGGGAUCAAGAAGAAGGAAGAAAAACCAAAGGAGCCCAAAUUAUCAUAUUUUGCCAUCUUUCGGUAUGCGACAUGCCUGGAGUUGACGGCUACUAUUUUUGGCGCCAUCUUCGGCUUUCUAAGCGGCGGCGGCGUCUCGUACAACCUGGUGCAGUUUGGGGAGCUCAGCACAGCUUUCGUGGAGAGGACUACGUUCCAUGACCAGAUGUCUAGCUACCUGCCCCUCACGACCCUCUUCGGGGGAGGCCGGAGACUUAUAAACGCGACAUACGAGGAGAACAUGAAAGCCCUGGUGGAAGACGGCACGGCCAUGGCCAUCGGCAUGUUCGUCAGCAUCGGCGUCUCGCUGCUGUUCUGCGUGCUCUCCGUAGCACUCAUCAGCUGGAGUGCUUUGAGACAGAUCACGACAAUCCGGAAGCUGUUCUUGCGGGCAGCCCUGCGUCAGGAUAUGGCCUGGUUCGACACCGACUCCGAAUUCAACCUUGCUUCCAAAAUGUCCGAGGACAUGAUGAAGCUGAAAGACGGCAUGGGCGAGAAGAUAUCGGUGGUGAUGAAUCUGAUGGGAGCCGCCGUCUUGUGCUUGUGCCAGGCGUUCCCCCUGGGGUGGGAGCUCACCCUGGCCUGCGGGGUCGUCGUGCCAUUCUCCAUCGGCGCCUCUGUGCUACUCACCAACUAUCAAACAAAGUCGUCGAUUCGGGAGAUGCAAUCGUACAGCCAGGCAGGCAAGCAAGCUGAGGAGGUGUUGAAGUCAGUGAGGACGGUCGUGUCGUUCGGAGGAGAAAGCAAGGAGGUCGACAGGUAUAGGAAACUCCUGGAGCCAGCUGAGCUGUAUGGCCGCAAGCGGGGCCUGUACUCCGGGCUCGGUAACGGAUUCAACUGGGUGCUGACAUACUCUCUGAACGCCAUCGGCCUGGUGUACGGCACACGGCUCAUCCUCAUCGACAUGGAGAAACCCACCGACGAGAAGCGGUACCUCGUCGGCGUCGUCUUCAGUAUUCUAUUCAGCGUGUACAUGGCGACUCAGUCCAUCACACUGUGCGUGCCACACGCCGAGGUGUUCGCGUCAGCUAGAGGAGCCGCCACCAGCAUCUUCAAGUUGAUCGAGAGGGAGCCCGCCAUCGACAGCUUCGAAGAAGGAGGAGUCAUGCCUAGAAGAGUCAUCGGAGACAUCAUGCUUGAGGACGUGCAUUUCAGCUACCCGUCUCGGCCAGAUAUUAAGGUAUUGAAAGGGUUCACGCUGCACAUAAAGCCAGGAGACUGUGUGGCACUGGUGGGCUCGUCAGGGUGCGGCAAGUCUACUAUCCUGCAGCUGCUGCAGCGGUUGUAUGACCCCAUGGCCGGCUCAGUCAAGCUCGACGGCAAGGACGUUAAGAAUCUCAACCUGAGCUGGCUGCGCUCGUGUCUCGGUGUGGUGGGUCAAGAGCCGGUGCUGUUCCGAGGGUCAAUCCACGAGAACAUCGCCAUCGGGUGUCCGGAGGCCACCAGGGAAGAAGUACAGCGAGUCGCAGAUAUAGCUUUUGCUCACGACUUCAUCACUCGGUUGCCAAAUGGUUACGACACAUUGAUAGGCGAACGUGGGGCGUCGUUGUCUGGCGGUCAGAAGCAGCGCAUUGCCAUCGCCCGGUCUCUGCUCCGCGAGCCAGCUGUGCUGCUGCUCGACGAGGCCACGUCGGCUCUGGACUCUCAGUCAGAGAGGCAGGUGCAGGCCGCCCUAGACCGAGCCAGUGUCGGACGCACCACUAUAAUGGUGUCGCAUCGAUUAUCAACCAUCGUUAACGCUAACCGCAUCAUCUGCAUGGAUCAAGGACAGAUUGUUGAAGAAGGAACACACGAGGAACUUAUGAAGGCCAAAGAGUUCUACUACAAGUUGGUGACGACAGGAAGCGAGGUUAAAGAACAAGAUUCAAUAGAAGCUGUGCCGGAGGAGGGAGACGGAGCAGAGGUUGAAGAGGUCCCUCUCCCGAGACUCGACGUCAAGAGGAGGUCGGGUCGGAGGGUACACAGGCACCACUCCUUGAAAAGAGAAUCUCACGACUGGACCCCCCGGGGCUCCAUCGCAUCUGUCAUGUCGGCUGGUCUCACCAACUUCGUCUACAACGCUGAGAUGGACUCAGAGGACGAGAAGGAUGAAGAUGAGGAGGUGAAGCCCAUCAGUGACUGGCAGCUGUUGAAACUGAACGGGCCGGAGUGGCCGUACAUGGUGGUAGGGGCCAUCGCAGCCUUCACACAGGGCGCCUGCUUCCCCGUUUUCGCGUUGCUCUUCGGAUAUACUGCUGGGAUCUACGUGCUCAAAGACCACAACACCAUCACAUACCUGGCGGACCUGUACUCGGGAAUGUUCCUGUUGGUGGCAGCAGUCGCUGGCGCGUCCAUGUGUCUCCAAGGAACCACCUUCACCUACGCCGGGCUUCGGAUGACAACCCGCCUGCGUCAGCAAUACUUCGCCAGCUUGCUGAGACAGGAAAUCGGCUAUUUCGAUAAGGAGAGCAAUACAGUGGGCGCGAUGUGCGCGCGGCUUAGCGGCGACGCGGCUGAGGUGCAGGGCGCGACGGGGCUCCGCAUCGGGCUCAUCCUGCAGGGCUUUAGCUCCGUGUUCGUCGGCUUCGUCAUCGCCAUCAGCUACGACUGGAAACUCACCCUCGUCGGUGCUGCUUUCUUGCCGCUUAUGGUGGGCAGUAUCUGGCUGGAGGGCAUAGUCUCCCACCAGUCCCAACUGGACGAGCGCGCGGCGAUGGAGUCUGCCACCGCGGUCGCCACUGAAGCCCUUGUUAGCAUCAGGACUGUGCAGAGCUUGGGGGUGGAAAAAGUGUUCAUAAAAACAUUCCACGAGUCACUCGCAGAGGCGUGCGCAGCCGUCGCAAGGAAGACCAGGUGGCGUGGGCUCGUGCUGGGCCUCGGAGUGUACGUGCCCUUUCUCUCCUACAUCAGCGCCACUGUCUACGGCACCACGCUUGUAGCUUACGAGGGGCUGGAGUACAAAAUCGUGUUGCUGGUAAACGAAGCGCUGAUGUACGGAGCGUACAUGUUGGGCCAAUCGCUUGUGUACGCGCCAAGUUUCAACUCGGCCAAGGACUGCGGCGCACGCAUCCUGGCACUCAUCAACAGGGAACCCAAGAUCAAGACCGAGAGAGGGGUCAAAGACAAAAAGGAUUGGGCCGCUACAGGCGCAUUCAGCGUCAAAGAAGUAGAGUUCAGCUACCCGACGCGGCCCAAUCUGCGAGUGUUGAAGGGCGUGGACUUGAAGGUGGAUGCAGGGAAGACUGUAGCGCUCGUCGGAUCCUCUGGCUGUGGCAAGUCCACCAUCCUGCAGCUCAUACAGCGGUUCUACGAUCCCGAUACUGGAAAUAUUGAAUUGGAUGGCCGGGACACGCGCAGCGGGCUGACGCUGCCGCGGCUGCGCCGGCAGCUGGGCGUGGUGCAGCAGGAACCGGUGCUCUUCGACCGCACACUUGCCGAGAACAUUGCCUACGGAGAUAACAACCGCAAAGUUACCAUGCACGAGAUCGUCGGCGCCGCCAAGGCCGCCAACAUUCACAGCUUCAUCGUUUCUCUGCCGAAGGGUUAUGAUACGAAUCUGGGCUCCGCCGGUGCGCAGUUGUCUGGUGGUCAGAAGCAGCGAGUGUGCAUUGCGCGUGCGCUUAUCCGCUCGCCCCGACUCUUACUGUUAGAUGAAGCUACUUCGGCUCUAGAUGCCAACAGUGAACGAGCUGUAUCGGAAGCUCUGGAGAAGGCAGCCAAAGGGCGCACCUGCAUUACGAUUGCUCAUCGCCUGACCACCAUUAAAGAUGCUGAUUUGAUAUGUGUUCUCGAUAAAGGUAAAAUAGUUGAACGAGGAACGCACGCAGAGCUGCUCAACUUGAAGGGACACUACUGGCGUAUGUCCAAAGGCCAACACCUGGCCUGAACACGAGAGUAGCUCUAACCUAGUAAGGAAGGUAACUCAUGGCUGUGACUCAUGUGCGUACCGCGAGCCUACAUGGAUUCUUCGAUAUAGCUCAUGAACUUCAACAUGCAACAAAUUAUUUUCUAUUUGUUAUAGGUCAUUAAUUAAAUGUGCUAUUUUAAGACGAUAAUGUACGCGUAAUGCAAAUAAGUAAGAAAUAUAUUAUGGUCCUCUCAUUUAUUUUCA